ACGUGGCGAAGCAGCCUCGCCGCGGAGUCGGAAACUCCUUGGGGCGGGAAGGGCUUCCUUCUCGGGACUCGGGGCUGCGCGCAGGCGGGCGCCCGAGGAGCCCGCGUCCCUUUCCGUCUGCAGCUUGUCCGCCGGGCUCCCCUCCCCGAAGACUUUCGACCGGCCGGCCGUUUGUCCAGGCUCGCGCAGGGCGCUGACCUACUUUGCCCGGGUCUUGGCUCUUGCGGGGGAGGAGGAGGGUGUCCUGGAAAUGUUUAAUUCCCCCGCAUCGCAAUCUGCCUCCAAUCUGAGCUCCACAACUCUUCGCCUACGUGCAAGAAAGGUUUCUAAAUGCGCCUGAACGCGAGGCGGCUGGAAUGAUCUCAAAGGAGAAUGAUUAAAGCAAAAAAAAACCGAGGCGGGAGCCACAUGGCAGGUGCUGCAUGGAAGCUCCUGCAAACACUUUGUGAGGGAGACGAUGCUAAAAACAGCAGCAGGCGGGCGGAGCAUCUGCAAAGUGCCGGAGGAGCCGCGCGCCGCCUGCAACUGGGGUUCGCCUGAAGGUCACAGCCUGGCUGGUUAGAGUUGUUUUACCUGAGAUGAGAUGCUUGAAGGUGGGGGAGCGUAUUAGCUGAGACCUUAAACUUUAAUUAUUUGAACCACGUUAUGUUCUCCCAUCCUCCUCCUCCUCACUCUGUGAAGGCAGGUAGAAAAUGUUCAGCUUGGAAACGGAAAGCAAUGAGUUUGCCCUCCUUAGGCUGCAUCCAAAUGACCUGUGGUAGCCAGGUAAAACCUCCAUGUUCAAAACAACAUGCCCCAGAAUACCAGGUUGGCAGUGGUCCUUCCCCACCCAUUCAGCCUCCAGCUGUUCCAAAGCCUGUCCAAUCCACCAUUCCUGCUCCAGGCAGAGGAAAAAUAGCAAAAUUCCUCAAUCCAGAAGAGAUGACAUCAAGGGAUUAUUACUUUGAUUCAUAUGCCCACUUUGGAAUUCAUGAGGAAAUGUUGAAGGAUGAGGUGCGCACAUUAACGUACAGGAACUCCAUGUAUCAUAAUAAACAUGUUUUUAAGGAUAAGAUUGUAUUGGAUGUUGGAAGUGGCACAGGGAUCCUUUCAAUGUUUGCAGCAAAGGCAGGAGCCAAGAAAGUUUAUGGGAUUGAAUGCUCCAGUAUAUCUGACUACUCGGAAAAAAUUGUCAAGGCAAAUCACUUGGACCACAUAAUCACAAUAUUUAAGGGUAAAGUAGAAGAAGUUGAAUUGCCUGUGGACAAAGUAGACAUCAUCGUCAGUGAAUGGAUGGGUUACUCGCUUUUCUAUGAGUCCAUGCUUAACACUGUCAUCUUCGCUCGAGACAAGUGGCUGAAACCUGGGGGGCUUAUGUUUCCAGACCGGGCUGCAUUGUAUGUGGUAGCAAUUGAAGACAGGCAGUACAAAGACUUCAAAAUCCACUGGUGGGAGAAUGUAUAUGGCUUUGAUAUGACCUGUAUCAGGGAUGUUGCCAUGAAGGAACCCUUGGUGGACAUUGUAGACCCAAAGCAGGUGGUGACCAAUGCCUGUUUAAUAAAGGAAGUGGAUAUUUAUACAGUGAAGACUGAGGACCUGGUGUUUACCUCUGCCUUUUGCCUCCAAAUCCAGCGCAAUGACUACAUUCACGCCUUGGUUACUUACUUUAAUAUAGAAUUUACAAAGUGCCACAAGAAAAUAGGGUUUUCUACAGCACCAGAUGCCCCUUACACCCACUGGAAGCAAACCGUCUUCUACCUGGAGGACUACCUAACUGUAAGAAGGGGCGAAGAACUCUACGGAAGUAUAUCCAUAAAGCCAAAUGAAAAAAAUGUGCGGCGUAUCUGUUUGACAGGAGGCAGAGGACAUGGGUGCAAAAUUUAUACCUUGGGGACUCAAACAAGGAGCAGUGAGAUAUCCUCAACUUCACUGGACUCACAAAUACAACUUCCUACAGAGUACAUACACCGAAGCCAUAAAACUGAUUUUCUCAAAGGAGCUGUAGUAAAGUAUUGCUCCAAACCAAAUGCCAUUUUAUAUAAAGGGCAGCAAAUAGGAUAACGAUUAUUACAUUUAUCUGAUGGAAUAAAUGUCUUAUCAUUUAGAAUAAACAUUUAUUCCUUCUUUGAAAAACUGUUUAACUUUGGUAGAAGAGAAAGUGGAUUAACUUCCAUAUUAAUCCCAUAAGCAUACAGGGUGGUUCAAACAGAGUUUACCCAAGAGUUUGGGGCUGAAGUCUGGAGUUGUUCUUGAAAGUGUUGGGGGGCAGGGGGAGCAGGCGAGAACCAUUCACACAUACCAACUUCAGCCAGUGCAAAGCAAGUAUAACACGAGCAAAAGUUUCUAUAGAAAGCAAUCCUGUUUCUGCCUUUAAAAGAGGUGCAGAGGGGCCUUGAGGGACAGCUAAUAGGAAUUCCAUGAAAGAAUUCUGCACCACCUCCAAAACAGAAACAUCCGUCUACCCCAAUACUUCUGUACCUUACAUUAGUUGUGAGAUAAUAUUUGUUUGAUGGUGUAUCUUAGUAUGUACUGUUCAUUGUGUGAUUUGGUCAGCUGCUUUUAUAUUAAGUUACGUUCCCACGCUAUGUUAUUUAUAGACCAUGGGGGCGUAAAUAUUUUCAUAACUCUGCAUAAAUUGUUCCUGCUAAGUACUUGAAGGAUGGAAGUGGGGGAGCACAAGCCGAGUCACAUACUGAAGACCCCCAGAUAUGUUUCCCUGUAUUCAGAAAAGGGCUAGGAUUUUGUUUUUUUGUCUUUGUUUAUUG